AUGGAUGCACGUGCAUCCGUGCCCUUCAACGUGGGUCCAUUUUUGUUACUCUCCACAGACCCCACUUUUGAGAUUAUAUGGGUAUAUUUAUGUUAUUAUUUUUUCGUAAGCAGGUUUCCAAAAGUGGCUCAGCUGAAAUUUGUAUGGUGGCUUGAAAUUUGGAGCACAAUUAGAGCUGGGAUUCUGUCACCCUUGAUAUGCUACGCAAUUUACUUUUUUUACAAGUUGAACGAAGAUUAUUAUUCUGGGUUUGAUCCUCGAGACGUGGAGGUUUCAGUUGGAAUUUCUGGCGUUGAAUCCAAAAACAUGCUGAUUGUUUGCUUGACUAUGUGCGACUCACCUUAUAAUCCGCCUUCCCCAUAUCUCACCGAUGAUUGGCCUGAUGACGGACCACUUCCUGAACUUAGAGAUGAUGGCUGGUUUAAGUUAGAAAUAGGAGAGAUUUUUACUGAAAAUGAAGAUGAUUGCAUAGAGUUGAGAGUGCAAGAAGUGAAGCGUGGUCGUAUAAAACAAGACCUUAUAGUUGAAGGGAUUGAGAUAGAGCCAAAAAUAGCUUAA